AUGACAUUAACAUUUUUAAAAUGGCGUCUGUAUCGUAUCUGUUCGAUAUUUACACCUUUCAUAGAAAUUAAAGAAUAUUUUCAUUAUUUAUUUAUUUCAUAUUUAGCAAAUUUCUGAGUACCCAAACUCAAAAUGUGGCACGAAGCUCGAAAGCAGGAGCGAAUGAUUCGCGGCAUGAUUGUCGAUUAUCGUCGAAGAGCAGAGCGACGCAAGGAUUUUUAUGAGAAAAUUAAAGCAGAACCAACUCAAUUCCUUCAGCUUCAUGGACGACAAUGUAAAAUACAUUUGGAUCCCGCUGUUGCGGCAGCAGGUGAAGGUCCAGCGAUUAUGAUGCCUUGGCAAGGUGAUAUUAAUAACAUGAUAGAUAGGUUUGAUGUCCGUGCACAUUUAGACAUCAUCCCUGAAGUCAAAGCUCCCUAUGUACCACCUGAAGAACUAAACCAAGAGGAGCGGCAGUGCAACUAUGAAAGAUACAGAAUCUUGGCUCAAAAUGCAUUUUUAGGAAUAAGUGAAGACAAAUUUCUUCAGCAACUGGCAAUUGAGGAACAAUUCGGAGUUACUAUUGAAGAAAAGGAAAUGCAAAAGGAGAAGUUAAGUGAAAAGAAAGGGACGGGUGCAGCUAUAGGAUACAAUUAUAAUGAUCCAGGGGCACAAGCUUCCAGUUCUAACGGCCCGGAUGUAAAGAAGGGAGAAGCCAAAGAAUCUGACGACGACUCAGAUUUAGAAAUGAUUGACGUGGAUCUGAGCAUUGAUGUCAAUAAAAUGGAUGCAUCACAGGCUCACGAGUUGAACGCAGUGGGACCUCAUUUUGGUAUGGCCGGCUGUGAUUUGUUCUCUUUCCUCACUGGAGACGCUGAUGAUGCAGAACACCAGAAGCAAUUGUUAAGGGAGGAGAAAGAGAAAGCUAUGUUUUCGGGUCGGAAGAGUAGGAGAGAACGUCGAGCACACAGGGACAAGAAGCUGGCGACGCGCGUGGUGAGCCCGCCGAGCUACGCGGCGCCGAGCGCGUCGGCCGCGAGCCGCUCGCCCAGCCGCUCGCCGAGCCGCUCGCCCUCGCCCGAGCGCGCCGCCAUCGAGUUCAUCACGUCCUUCGGGCCCGACGACGACGACAAGCCUCCUCGACCAAAACCUUUAUAUGCUGACAAAUUGAAGCAGAACUUGAAAAAACCGGACCUGCUUUAUUCAGAGGCUGUAAGAAAAACAAAACCUCGAUCAGGAUCAGUGGAGCGGACGCGUUCUCAAAUCGGUCCUCGAACUCUGAACUCGAGGUCGAGGUCACGCUCGAGGUCGAGGUCGAGGUCGUUUCGGAAAUCGAGGUCACGUUCCAGACUUUCAAGGUCGCGAUCCAGGCUGUCGAGGUCACGUUCCAGAUCCUUCAAUUCGUACAAAAGGACGAGAUCGAGGUCACGUUCGAAGUCGAGGAACUAUAAGAGACGGUCGAGGAGUCCUACACAUAAUACUAGUGGGUUUCCAAACCGUAAUAGAUCGAGGUCGUUGUCAUAUGAAAGUAAUGAAAGGAGUAAUGUUCAGAACAAGCCCGUGCCACGUUAUUAUGGGCGACGUAAAGAAGACAAAUCUUCUAGUGAGUUAUCAUUAGAUUCAGAUUCCAGUGAAUCACCCGAUGACGAAAAAAAUAAAUCGGCGGUCGGCAAUAAACCAAACACAAACCCGAAUCAGUUACGAUUAACUGGAUCCAGCUCCAAAGGUCCGUCGCGUGAAACGCUUACGAUGAAAGAGAAAUUGAAAAGGAAAAUGCAGGCUCAGCUGUCAAGGCAGUUGCGGGCGGACAAGCGCGCGGAGGCGGAGCGGCUGCAGCGCGAGAGCCGGCGGCAGGCGCGCCGCGACGAGGAGAUGCGCGAGCUGGCCAUCAAGCUGCGGCGCCGGCAACGAGAAAUGAGACAUCAACGAUAUCGACGAUCAAGCGAUGAUGACUCGGACAGGAGUGGAAGUGGCUCCUCUUCCAGACACUCACCCAUAUCAGAAAGGAAGAGAGAUGACAGAAGUCGCUCUAAAAGUAAUCCACCUGGAGGAAAACGUAUACCAAUAUGGGAAACUGACAAAGAUCCAUCACCACAACCUUAUCGGUAUAAACAGCCUGAAAUAGGGGAGAGCUCAUUUUACAAUAGGAGACGUUAUGCAGAAAACACAGAUGGUUACAGGGAUAGAAGAAAUGACGAUAGAGAACAAAAUUACUAUCAAAAUAGACACGAUAGAUACCAAAAUAGUGAACAUGGUCGUAAUUACGACAAUCACGAUAAUUAUAACCGUCACGACAACUAUGGUUCUAAGUUUGAACAUGAUAGAUACCAAGGCCCCAGUUGGAGACGUCCUAAUUUUCAAGGAGGCAGCAAUAGAAGUAGGAAUUUUAGAAGCUCUGAACAAAACUACGACGAUGGGCCUUCGAGCCGUUAUCGAGAUGAAGAAAGGGAAAGUUCUAGCAAUAGUAAAAGUAAAAUAAAAUUAGUUGAUUACUGAAGUUGUAACAGCGAAUGUUUUAUAAUUAAACGAUAAGUGUGUAAUUAAAUUAAUUGUUUAUUAUGUCACUUUAUUGUUUUAUUUUGACAAUAGCAAUAUACAUUUUUACAAAAAUUAUUUUACUAUACACUAAAAUUUUAGUCUACUUAGGCUAUUGAAUUGUACAAAGUACUUAAUACUAUAUAUGCGUAUUCCAAUUUUCAUGUAAAUAUAUUUACAUCAAUACACAAAA